UUUUUUUUCCUCUACCACUUCGCCUUCUACGCCUACCACUACCGCUUCAAUGGGCAGUAUUGUAACUUGGUUCUCUUCGUAUCUUUCCUCUUCAUGCAACACUCAAUGCUAUACUUUUUCCAUCAUUUCGAAUUACCCUAUCUGCUUAAUGGACUCGACAUGCGUGUCGACGAUCUGAUGGCUGGUCCAAUCGAGAUCCACUUUCAUCAACCGCCACCAGUUUCACCUCCAUCUACACAACCAUUGAUUAGUUUUUCAACCCUCCUGGCCAAUCAGGUUCCUUCGCUUUUUCCUCCCUCUUCGUCUGAAUCCACCUCGGAUAGAGUGGCCCCAGAACAUGAUGCCACUACUUCUGUGACGGUCACUGCAAACUUAAUUGCUAAUCCUUCACCUGACCUUGGGGAAAUUGAUGUCUCAAAUUUAAUUUCCUCUGAUGUCCAAACAGACAUUUAUAGUUCUCCCGAGAUAAGCUCUACUCCAAGGCAUACAGAAUCGGGAAUUGAAGAGCUUGUCGAGCCUUGUACAGCUGAAACUAGGCCUAGCCAAGAUGAAUGUCAAUUGCCCCUGUUGAGCAGCCGCUAA